AUGUCCUCUGCCCCACCAACAAGUGGGCUACCCGUUCAAACAUGGACACGGGAAAAUGAAUCCGAAUUCUUCAUCUCAACCGACCCAAAUCUCCUUUCUGUGAAAGCAGUCAACGCUGCAUUUUCCGAAGAUUUCGUGUACUGGAUCAAAAAGCCCUUUCCGGAAAACGUGCUAUGGCAAAUGCUCCACGGCUCCUUGAGUUUCGGCGUGUACAGACAGACGCAAGCCGAGCCCAGUUCUAGCUUUGUCGCUUCUCCAAAGAAUACUGAGCAAAUCGGACUUUGUCGCGUUGUCACGGAUGGAGCUACGUUUGCUUAUAUCUCGGAUACCUAUAUUCUGCCUAAGUACCAAGGCAAUGGACUCGGGAAUUGGCUUGUGGGUUGUGUCGCGGAGACGUUCUCGAAGGAGAAUAUGCCUCAUUUACGUCGCAUCAUGUUGCUUACGGAUGAUGUGCGCAUGCAAAAGUUUUAUGGGAAGAUGUUGGGGGUUGGUGUUAUUGGGACUGAAAAGCGCGAAGAUAUGGGGAGGGAUUUGGUAUUUAUGUGUGCGAGACCGCAUGCGUAG